UAAGUAAAAGCGGCCCACACACUUCCGCAUUUGGUUUGAGUGUUGUCAUUCUGAAGAUUAUUAGUCACGAUGAGAUUCUAAAACCGUAGACUCUAGUACGCGAGAGCAUAUGUGUUGCUAGAUUUUUUGCAAGUAUAUUCCAUUUUUGAUUGUUUAGCUGAAAGUUUGGCUUGGGAAAUUUAGGUGUACUGACUUCUACUUACGUAGAUGUGGCAAUUUACGUUGUAACGCAGAGCUUUGAGAACAUUUAAUCGAAAUCGAAGAGUGCAAGAACAUGGAGUUUCAGCUGAAAACCCUUUUACUGCUGGCAAUUUUCCUGGUCCUUCUGUCAGUAUCUGAGGCUGCCCAGUGCUCAAACCCUAUAGAUUAUGUCCUGAUAGCACCAGAAAACUAUGAUAGGAAUUUCAGCAGUCUAACCAAAGAAGGAGGCAGGCCUCUAGGAUUCAAUGCAUCCACUUGGUACUAUGAACAAGACAUCCAGAACCCAUGUGUGAAACUCAGUAACACACAAAAUGUAGAGAUUCAGAUUUUGAUUGAAACCAACCCUCCUGCAAGAAUAUGUGUGAGAGACCAAGCAGACACCUCAACCUGUGGCCAGGGUACAGUAACCAAGUGUCCCCACGCCUCCAUUGCCAACAACAUGUAUUUUGAGUUUUAUUGUAAUGCGCAGUGUGAAGAAGGGGAUGUGAACUUUUGGUACAGGUUAGCGAUGAGUGCCCCCAACGAAGAAAACUGGUGCUUCAAUCAAAGGAGUGAGUUUCCCAGCGACCUUGCUCCCAUUAACCCCAUUGUGGUGGAUGUGAAAACAACACCUAAGCCAAAUAGAGCAGACGGCCUCUUGACCAGGACAAGCCCAAUUCUGCAUCUUAUAUCAGCUCUUGCAUGUAUAUUUGUGUUGGAAAAGAUGUCUUUUUGCAACUAAAUCGAUAGUUUUAUGUAAUGUUCACCAACAUUCCUUAUUAUGUGAAUUCAGAUUGGGACAUUAAUUUGCCUCGAGUAUAAUAGGAAACUCAAAGAUGGGAAAUUUUGAGAGGUUCUCUUACGUUCUGUAUAAAAUAGCAAAGACUUGCAUUUACCAAUGCUGCCUCUAUUUCAAACAAUACUCACAGAGUUUUAUUUAAAAUAAUAUUUUAGAUUUAAAAAUUCACUAUUUUUGAUGAGUGAAAGGCAACUUACAACAUUUGUUAAUCUCUGAAAAAAACUUUUGUGACAAAUCGGGUAUGGCUUAACUUGUUAUGAGGUAUUUAUUGAUUUAGCAGAACAAAACCAGAUGUUAUUGAAGAUAAUCAUUCUACUUUUAUCCAAUGACUGUGAUGCAUUUUCAUUUUUUUCAAAACUGCACAAUGAUGUAUUCUUAUUUCAAAACGAAUGCAAAAU